AUGCUGCACAAGGCGGACCGUCACCUCAUCUACCCUGAUGGAGGAAUCGAAGAGCUCAAACGGCUUGAUCCGAUGCUGAUCGCAGAGCAAAGAGAGCAGCAACGUCGAAUGCGCCAACAGCAGAGGCACCGAAAUCCACAUCCUCUGCCUGCCAGGCCCACUGCGAGGAUGGAUCAGCCAUUCGUCGAUGAAGGGCACGACGCCGACUCUGAUGAUGUGAACAGUGACGACUCAAGAGAUGGCACUUCCAGCGAAUCUUCUGCUUCAGAGGACGAGAGAGAACCGCCCAAGGCAGGCAUUGCACAAGAGGAGAGGCGCACGCUCGACGGACCUGCGGAUGCUACGAUCUCUGGCCUCAAUAUCCAGCUUGACUCGCCCGAGCUCAUCGCAGAAUGGAUCAAUCAGCGCAAGAAGCGAUGGCCCACGCAAUCAGUCGUGCAAGAGAAGCUCAGGGAAAGGCACGAAAGGCAACAGAGGAGUGAAGCUAUCUAUGGCCCUCGUCCCACGCCCUACAACAAAAGGCAGCGAGAUGAAGCAACAGCGUCUAUGGCAGGUUCAACGGCGGACAGACCCCAUGCACACGAAGUGACGCGAGAGGUUCCUGAUGAGAAGCGACAGAAGUUCGGAGGAGAAUAUCGCGCUGCUGCGGAGGGGGGCGGCAAAGACAGCACCUCGAUUCAGGACGAAAGCGAGUCUGACGACGAAGCGCCGGAAGAAGCCUCAUCCAAAGUGCCCGUUGCACCCCUCGAGGAAGACACUGCGCCGCGUUCGCGAUUUGAUGCCACUCAGGACCGCCGUCCGAUUUGUACACACUUCCUGCAAGGGCGCUGCAACUACGGUGACCGUUGCAAGAAGCGGCACGAUACGGCUUCGCAACAGCCGCAGCAGCAACAGCAGCAACAGGCAAACACAAAACCGAUAAGACGACCUCAUCCCCGACCACCACCUGUCAAUCCAUUCGAUCAACCUGACUUGCUGCGGCAGCUGCUUCGAAAUGAAAUUGAGAAGCACGUCGACGCGGUGGGCCAGGCUAUCAGGUUCAUCGUCGACAACGAUAUGCUUCUUCACGUCGAGACGGAGGAGGGGCAGGCAGAGGAGCAGAGGAGGCAAAGGGACAAGAUCCAGGUCUUGUCCUCCGAGAAGGGUACGGGUAGCGAGGCACAUGAGGACUCGGUCGAAGCAAAGCAAGCAGGAACGAUCGCUAACCCAGAAUCGACGGCAGUAGAAGCGCCGACACUCACGGAUCCCAUCCUUGAAGGCGGUCUAGCGGUCCUCAAACCAGAAUCGGGUGCAAAUGGCUCGCAAAGCCGGGCAUCUCUUUACCGCCCCACUGCCCCCACCUUGCGUGCUCUGUCGGAGCUCAAGUAUCCGCCAGAGCCCGAUCCGCUCAUCUUUCUGGACCCGCUGCGACGAGAUGAUCCGAAACCACUGCUGCCCUCACAACUGGUACGCAUCGCCAAAGACCCUGUCAUCCGAUCCGUUCUGACGCCUUGCACGCCAUUCCAUCCGAACGGUCACAAGCCUACCUCGCUCGAACGCGCCAUCAUCUCGCUAGACGCGCUGCCCACCGACCUCUACCGCAACGCUGCGAUCGAGAUGAUCCUGGGCAUCGCCUCGUCAUCCGGCGUCGCUCCUGCUGGAGGAGCGGGUCUAGUGGUUGUCUCGAAGGACGGACGGAGGAAGGUGAGCGAGACGGAUCUGUUCAGGAUGGGAUUGAGGGUGGGUGGCGAUGAGGUGUUGGCGAUCAAGAAGCUGGCGGAUCGGCUCAGUGUGUUGCUCGACUCGAGUUUGCAGUUGGACGAGGUGGGGGAGGCGGAGUGGGCGCUGUUGACGGCUGAGCAGAGGAACGAGAUGCGAAGGUUGCAUUUUGAUAGAGAGGCGGACAGGUUGGAGAGGUUAAGGAAGCUCGGUGUUGACGUUUGA